AUGAAACACAAGUGCAAGGUGCGGGAACUAGGCCAGCCUCAGGCAGUAGCCGUGAAUGCUCGGUUGACGGCACGAGAGCGCAACGGUCAGGAUGGCCGCAGGAUGGCGCGCGAGAUGAAUAGAGGAGACGGUGGGAGCGAGACAGCCGGGCCAGUCGAGCAGACGACAGCAGUGACAAUUGAUCGUGGCCUGUUCAGGGCUGCGCUCGUCGCCAAGAGCGUCGUUGUCGUAGGCUAG